CCCUGUGAUCUCACUGCACCACUGGGAUGCUGUGACAGUCAACUUCGGUUCCCUUCCUCCCCUACCUGCUUGGCUAAGAUGGUACAGUCUGCAGAGGGACUCCUGUAAUGUAUCCUGCUUUAUCAAUCCGCUCCAGAUGCUGAAGAGUGAUUACUCUGCUCCUGUGUAAUUGAAGUCAUUUUGGAUUUGUGAUGAUAUCUUAGCCAAGUGCAGAGGAGGGGAAAAGCAUGCACUUGCUAACACCACAGUUCAGCACCAUGGGAAGCAAUGAAUGGAAAGAAGCGGUUUUGCAGCCUUGAAAGCAGCUGAGCACCCUCUGGACCGUUACCUGGCUUGGGACCCAUCGCUCUUCCAAGGAAUUUCUUCUGCUUGGUUUAUCAGAAGCAAAGCGGAUUGCUCCACUUUAAACAGCUCUGCCAAUUCUCCCGCAUUCGAGUGCUAGAAUUUUACAUUUCUUUCUUUGAAGGUUCUUAUUUUUUUUUUCUUUUGCUCGCUUGGGAUCCCUUGUCCCUAUAAGAACAAAACAAGUAACCAUGGGUGACAUGAGUAAUAGUGAUUUUUAUUCCAAGAACCAAAGAAAUGAAGUCAACUAUGCAGCCGAAUUUGGGUGUACUCUCAUGGAGCUACGCUCCCUCAUGGAGCUGCGAGGGCCCGAGGCAGUGGUUAAGAUCAAAGAAUGCUAUGGGGACACUGAAGGCCUAUGCCGACAUUUAAAGACAUCGCCUACUGAAGGUUUGCCUGGCACGCUAACAGAUCUAGAGAAGAGGCGGCAAGUUUUUGGACAAAACCUUAUACCUCCAAAAAAGCCUAAAACAUUCUUACAACUAGUUUGGGAAGCUCUACAAGAUGUUACACUUAUCAUCUUGGAAAUUGCAGCCAUUAUAUCCCUGGGGCUCUCAUUUUACCGACCGCCUGGAGGAGAAAAUGAAGACUGCGGUGGUGUUGCUGCAGGGGGGGAAGAUGAGGGAGAAGCAGAAGCCGGCUGGAUCGAAGGGGCUGCCAUCCUCUUAUCUGUUGUUUGUGUUGUGCUUGUUACUGCUUUCAAUGAUUGGAGCAAGGAGAAGCAGUUCAGGGGCCUCCAGAGCCGCAUUGAACAAGAACAAAAAUUCUCAGUUGUUCGAGGUAGUCAAGUCAUCCAGAUUCCUGUGGCUGAGUUGGUGGUUGGGGACAUUGCACAAAUUAAAUAUGGGGACUUGCUGCCCACUGAUGGUAUAUUUAUUCAAGGAAAUGACCUGAAAAUUGAUGAAAGUUCCUUAACUGGAGAGUCCGAUCAAGUUCGAAAAUCUGUUGAUAAAGACCCAAUGCUUCUGUCUGGUACCCAUGUAAUGGAAGGGUCUGGGAGAAUGGUAGUCACUGCUGUUGGAGUAAACUCUCAAACCGGAAUAAUUUUCACCUUAUUAGGGGCAAGUGAAGCCGACGAUGAAAAGAAGGAUAAGAAAGGUGUGAAAAAGGAGGAUGGACCCAAGCUCCCAGUCGCCUCCACCCAUCCAUCCUCUCACGCUCCAGCAGCUACAGAUGGUGCCACAGGGGCAAAUGCCAUUGAUAAUGCAAAUGCCAGCUUAGUGAAUGGUAAAAUGCAAGAUGGGAAUGUGGAGAUCAUCCAGAAUAAAGCCAAACAGCAGGAUGGAGCAGCCGCAAUGGAAAUGCAGCCAUUGAAAAGUGCUGAAGGAGGUGAUGGAGAGGACAAGGACAAAAAGAAAUCUAAUCCCCACAAGAAAGAAAAAUCUGUACUGCAGGGCAAGCUGACCAAGCUAGCAGUGCAAAUUGGGAAAGCAGGUUUGGUUAUGUCUGCAAUCACUGUCAUCAUCUUGGUUCUUUAUUUCGCUAUUGAUACAUUUGUGGUGCAAAAAAAGCAGUGGAUGCCAGAGUGCACGCCCAUCUACAUUCAGUACUUUGUUAAGUUUUUUAUCAUCGGUGUAACGGUGUUGGUGGUAGCUGUACCUGAAGGACUUCCUUUGGCUGUCACAAUCUCUCUGGCUUACUCUGUAAAAAAAAUGAUGAAGGAUAACAACCUAGUAAGGCACUUAGAUGCCUGCGAAACGAUGGGGAAUGCAACCGCGAUAUGCUCUGACAAGACUGGCACACUGACCACCAAUCGUAUGACUGUGGUGCAAGCCUUUGUGGGAGAUGCCCACUAUAAGGAAAUCCCAGACCCUGACACUCUUCCUGCUAAAACAUUAGAUAUUCUGGUGCAAGCUAUUGGUAUCAACAGUGCGUACACCUCCAAAGUCUUGCCUCCAGAAAAAGAAGGAGGCCUUCCACGACAAGUUGGGAACAAAACAGAAUGUGGUUUAUUGGGAUUUGUCUUGGACCUGAAAAGGGAUUACCAGACAAUAAGGAAUCAGAUCCCAGAGGAGAAACUUUAUAAAGUCUACACCUUUAACUCUGUCAGAAAGUCAAUGAGCACAGUGAUUAAACUUGAAGAUGGCAGUUACCGAAUGUUUAGUAAAGGUGCCUCUGAGAUUAUUCUAAAAAAGUGUUCUAAAAUAUUGAAUGGUGCAGGAGAACCACGUAUCUUCAAGCCUAGAGACCGGGAUGAGAUGGUAAAGAAAGUUAUUGAGCCCAUGGCCUGUGAUGGGCUGAGGACAAUCUGUAUUGGUUACCGGGAUUUCAGCAAUAACCCUGAACCCGACUGGGACAAUGAGAAUGAAAUUUUGACCGAUCUGACCUGCAUUGCUGUAGUUGGUAUUGAAGAUCCAGUUAGACCAGAGGUACCUGAAGCCAUAAGAAAGUGCCAGCGAGCUGGCAUCACGGUUCGUAUGGUCACGGGAGAUAACAUUAAUACAGCACGUGCCAUUGCCAUUAAGUGUGGCAUUUUACACCCAGGAGAGGACUUUCUCUGCAUUGAAGGGAAGGAAUUUAAUCGAAGAAUACGCAAUGAGAAGGGGGAGAUUGAACAAGAACGGAUUGAUAAACUCUGGCCCAAGUUACGUGUUCUGGCACGAUCAUCACCUACUGACAAACACACGUUGGUUAAAGGCAUCAUAGACAGCACACAGGUUGAGCAGAGGCAAGUCGUUGCAGUAACAGGUGAUGGAACCAAUGACGGGCCAGCUUUGAAGAAAGCAGAUGUUGGGUUUGCAAUGGGAAUUGCUGGCACAGACGUGGCUAAAGAAGCUUCUGACAUCAUUCUCACCGAUGAUAAUUUUAGCAGCAUUGUGAAGGCUGUAAUGUGGGGUCGCAACGUCUAUGACAGUAUCUCCAAGUUCUUACAGUUUCAGCUAACCGUGAAUGUGGUUGCUGUGAUUGUAGCAUUUACAGGGGCCUGCAUUACACAGGACUCCCCUUUGAAAGCGGUACAGAUGCUGUGGGUUAACCUCAUCAUGGACACAUUUGCCUCUCUUGCACUUGCAACAGAGCCCCCUACAGAGUCACUUCUCCUACGAAAGCCUUAUGGAAGAAACAAACCUCUGAUUUCAAGCACAAUGAUGAAAAACAUAUUGGGCCAUGCCGUGUAUCAGCUCACACUCAUAUUUACACUCCUCUUUGUUGGAGAAGAGAUCUUUAGUAUCGACAGUGGAAGGAAUGCACCUCUUCAUUCUCCUCCGUCUGAACACUAUACAAUCAUCUUCAACACAUUCGUCAUGAUGCAACUCUUCAAUGAGAUCAAUGCUCGCAAGAUCCACGGAGAGCGUAAUGUGUUUGAUGGCAUAUUCAAAAAUCCCAUUUUCUGUGUCAUCGUGUUAGGCACCUUCGCUAUCCAGAUUGUGAUUGUCCAAUUCGGCGGAAAGCCAUUUAGUUGCUCUCCUUUACAACUCGACCAGUGGAUGUGGUGCAUAUUUCUUGGCUUUGGAGAACUUGUAUGGGGCCAGGUUAUUGCCAGCAUCCCAACCAGUAGGUUGAAAUUCUUAAAGGGAGCUGGUCACCUCACUCAGAAAGAGGAGAUUCCUGAAGAGGAUUUCAAUGAGGAUGUGGAAGAAAUUGACCAUGCCGAAAGAGAGCUGAGGCGUGGGCAGAUUCUCUGGUUCCGAGGACUCAACAGAAUUCAGACACAGAUUGAAGUAGUGAAUACUUUCAAGAGCGGCGCUUCCUUUCAGGGUGCUCUGAGGAGACAGUCCUCUACCACAAGCCAGAACCAGGAUAUCCGCGUCGUGAAGGCAUUCCGUAGCUCUCUCUAUGAAGGUUUAGAAAAACCAGACUCUCGAACUUCAAUUCACAACUUCAUGACCCAUCCAGAAUUUAAGAUUGAAGACUCCCAGCCUAAUAUCCCUCUCAUUGAUGACACAGACUUGGAGGAAGAUCCAGCCCUCAAGCAAAACUCUAGCCAGCCCCCUUCACCCAACAAAAACAACAAUGCUAUUGACAGCGGUAUUAAUCUCACAACAGAUACAAGCAAAUCAGCUACCUCUUCCAGUCCUGGGAGCCCUAUACAUAGCUUGGAGACAUCCCUUUAGCUGGAGUUGGCAUAACAACUGCAAAUUAAUAAUUCAUAAUCAUGCUAACAAUACCUAUGUCUGGCUUAAAGAAGAUGUUUCAACACUUAGUGGCCAGCAAUGGAAGACACUGGUCCAGGCAGCUCUGGAAAUGAGAAUGUGGCAGUUUUCAACAUGCCCUAAUAAAACGCUCCCUUCUGGAAUAGAAAGACAAGCUAUGAAGAAGACACUAACCAACCAUGUUCCUGCAUGAAUGUACACCUUCUCUCAACUGGUUUUAUCAUUUUACUUUUUACAUAUGCUUCUGGGCGUUUCUAUAUGUGGGACAGACUUCAGCGAGAACAUUUCCCCAGUCAACAGUAUUUAUCUGGUUAACUGAUACAUGAGGCAUGGGAUUGCUAAUAGGCAAAAUCAUCAUGCUCACAAUCCUUUAUAGUGAAUUACUAUUUUUUCCCUUUUUUGAAGUUGCAAAGCUCAACUUGCACAGUGGAUUUGCACCAGUAAGGACAGAGGAACUCAAUCAUAUAUAAAAGAUUUAUAUAGGAGAAAUAUGUCCGUAUAUGCGUGUGUAUAUAUGUAUAAACCCCUUCAUGUAACUCCAAGGAAAAAUGUGUAUAUUGGCAUAUCUUCACAAAGGGCAGACCACAGUCCACCCGUCCACCAGUAAAUACAUUUUUAGUCUGUAAUGUUAACUUUGGGGGGGAGAAAUUGCAAAUUAUGUGUACAAACCCUUUAUGCAUGCAAAUGAGAAGGGAAUCUGUUGUUCCCUUAAGACAAAUUAUAUGAGGUAAGAUGAUAAAAAAAGAAGAAAACAAACAAAAAAAAGUAAAUUAUAACUUAAUGCAAGCAGGGUGCACGAAAAAAGUUAUGUUUAUUUAUGUAUACCACUUGUGGUGGAAAAAAUGCACAAAGCAGCAUUGAUUGAAGUCCAUGUAUCCACGCAAAGCAUUCCAUUAAGAAGAUGUACAUAAGAUAUAUUUCCAUCAACUUAACUUGAAGCAGGAUGGACAUAUCUUUAUCUAACCAGCCAAGUGAUGUCUUCAACAGAAGAUCCCAAUUCUGGGAUUGCAGCUGCCAUUGAAAUUUAUGUGGCACAAAUGCCAUAAAUAAGACAAAUUGUAAGAAUGUAAGCUGUUUUUAACAUUAUUUUUCCCCUGUAAGGGGGUUAGAAAGCAAUAAUUCCCCAUGUACCGGCCCUGUUCUUCAAUAUGAUGUUUAAAUGCUUAUGUGCUGAAAGGUUGUUUAUUAAGUACAUUUUCUUGAAAACCAUAGAUACACACUCAAAGAAAAAUAUACUUUGGCAUGUUGCCUUGUUUCAGUUUCAA